AUAUUCAUUAAACAGGGAAAUGAGGAAGAGAGACAGGGUUGGGGGAUGUGACGAUAAAGAAGAAGGGAAAUUAUAGCCACCAAUUUGGACGAUUUCAGGAGGCAUUUGGAGAGAUUACUACGGAUUUAUAAUGAUUAGAGAAGGAAACUGGUGAGAGAAAGUAAGAGAAGGAAGAAAGGGGGGAAUUUGGGAGGAAAGGCUGAGCGGAGGAGAGGGGAAUUAGGUUUCUGAAGCGCGAUGGGAUUCUCCAAGGACAAUCUUACUGGCUUCAUCUUGGCUCUUUUAUCAAGCGGAUUUAUUGGUGCCAGCUUCAUCAUCAAGAAGAAGGGCUUGAAGAGGGCCGCCGCAGCUUCUGGAGUCCGAGCUGGGGUUGGUGGGUAUGCCUAUCUCCUGGAGCCCUUAUGGUGGACUGGCAUGAUCACCAUGAUUGUUGGAGAGAUCGCCAACUUUAUUGCAUAUGCUUUUGCACCUGCAGUUCUGGUUACUCCUCUUGGUGCAUUGAGCAUUAUUGUUAGUGCUGUUUUAGCCCAUUUUAUUUUGAAAGAGAGGUUGCAUAGCCUUGGGAUCCUAGGAUGUGUGAUGUGCAUUGCUGGAUCCAUGGUGAUUGUAAUUCAUGCUCCGCAGGAGAGACCAAUAACUUCUGUUCAAGAAAUAUGGCAGAAGGCAACUCAAAUAUCUUUUCUUCUGUAUGUUGCCUCAGUUAUCGUGCUGGUUUCUGUGCUUGUUUUCCACUUUUCUCCUCGCUAUGGCCACUCCAAUGUUUUGAUAUUCACAGGCAUUUGUUCUUUGAUGGGCUCUCUUUCAGUAAUGAGUGUUAAAGCUCUGGGAACUUCUCUUAAGUUGACUUUUGAGGGGAACAAUCAGUUGGUUUAUCCAGAGACAUGGUUUUUUAUGCUGGUAGUCCUCACAUGCGUGAUCACACAGAUGAAUUAUUUGAACAAGGAUUGGGAGGGGCAAAGUGGAGGAAGCAUAAUCUCUGAAAUCUGCGGCUUGAUUGUUGUUUUGUCUGGGACAAUUUUAUUACAUGCUACAAAGGACUAUGAGAAGAGUACCAGAGGCACAUAUGCACCUUUGUCUCCUACUCUAUCAACUCGACUCAAUAAUGAGAAUGGUGAGAUGUCAAAGCACGAUGAAGACGACAUGGCAUCCUCAGAAGAUAUUUGCUUACGAAGGCAUGAGCUCUUUGAGCAGGUUUAAUUGGUUCAGUUCUAUAUAAAAAUUAGUUUUGGAGUGCUGAAAGCAGUAUGUGAACUGCUAGAUCUAAAUCAGAAAUAACAAGAGUUAAUCAAACAUCUUGAGACAGCUACAGAUGAACUGAAUACAUUUCUUUCAGUUGAACCGAACGAGGAUUGACAGCUUCUUUGUACUUCCUGGGCAUGAACAAUAACUGAUCAACAGGCCUUCAGGGAACCAGUCGAUGGUGUGUGUGAAAUUAUAAUUUAGCAUAGCGUUUUAUUGAUACUGGCCUGAAUAUUUAUGUUGUCUUGAAAUAGGCUUUGCUUGAUACAGCUUUUUUACUGUUUUUUUAAAGCAGCUUUUUAAUAUAAAAAUAUAAAUUUUUGUAUUAGAAAGCCGUUUUAAAAAGUAAUAAGAAAAGUUGUCUCAAACGAAAUAUUAUGAUUCGUUUGGGACGGCUUUUUUAUUGCUUCUUAAAACAGCUUUGUAGUAUAAAAAUUAUACUUAAAAGCCUGGUUUUAGAAGCAGAAAAAAGCUGUUGCAAAUGAAGCCUUAAUCUUGAGUGUAAGUAGGAGUAGUUGGAGGAAAUCUCAAUUGCGUCUGAAACAUUUUGCUGUGUAAUUCCUGUAUAGAUAGAUUAUUCUUUAAAAUUUCAAUAUUCAUUUUCAGUAAUUUUAAAUAUA